AUGGGCUCUCCCCAGCCCACCCAGGCUGCCCUCAUGACGAGCCCUGGGCAAUUCCCUACGUUGGGAUCUAACCUGAACGGUAAUUCCGGUAAACCCCAGCAAGCCAAAGCGGUCAGAUCUUGGCCUGCAAAGCCCCCAUCAACCGAUGAAGAUGGUUUCGUUUUACCCAAAAAGACCGCGCGGCCUGUGUCGCCCAGUCAAACCGCUGGCCGGAUCCCCGUCUCGAACGGGUUCCUGGUCCUUUCUGUGGAAGAAGUUGUUGAUGCCAAAAACGAUGAUGUUGAUGAUGGUGGUGAUGACAACAUGGGGGCGGAAGGUGCCUCCCAAUCCACGAACGCGGUCACUAACGGCCAACAACCAUCCCAAGUUGACGAGGAAGACGACUUAUACAGUGGCGUUGACGCCGACGCGGCGUAUGAAAGAUCUCUUGAACCCAACUUCCACACCCCCACUACCACUCAACCCAUGAACGACUCUCCCACAUAUGACGCUACGCUGACGGCGAUGGCGGCCUCUGAGGAGAAUCCUUCCCAUGGGUAUUGA